GUGUAAACCACUGAAUCACAAACUACGCAAACCAAACAAAGCUUGGAAUAGCCCCUAGCCAUGAUCAAUAAACAAUACUGGAGACGACUCCCACUGGCCGUGCUGCUGGCUAUCCAACUGCUGGCAGUCGUUGGCGCUGCCUCGGGCAGUCCAGGCGCAGCUACCGCCAGCGCCUCCAACUACCGCUUUGGGCUGCGACUCUCCGCCAGACUGGGACGAAGUCAGCCCAGUGUCAAUGUGGCUGUCUCGCCCAUCCUCGUGCAGGCAGCACUCGGCCUGCUGUAUGCCGGCACCGAGCCCGACUCCGCGGCGGCCCGGGAGCUGCGCGAGGCACUCGAUCUGCCGCAUGCGAGCAGCGCCCGACAAUCGCUCAAUGGCCUUCGGGAACUGCUCUCCGAACUGAAGCAAUCCUCGGCCGUGGGCUGUCGCCUGCGUCUGCUCAGCGACUUUUACACGCUGCAGCGCUUCACCUUCAACUUUCGGGAUGAGUUCCAGGCGCUCGCAGCCCAAAUGGGAGUCGGCAGCCAUCGCCUCGAGUGGGAGUCGCCCGCCAGCGCCGCCCAAGCCAUCAAUUAUGACUUCCUCAGUCGCAGCAACUUCAGUGUGGGAGAGCUGGUCAGUGCUGCGCAGUUGGAGGCGAUCGCCGACCACGACACACCCUUCCUGCACGUGUCGGCGGUGACAUUCCGCGCACCCUGGGCCCAGAGCUUCGACCCCGAUGAGACGCAGCGCAUCAAUUUCUUCAGCGAGGGAGAGCGACCCAAGCUGGUGGAUGCCAUGUUCGGGCAGCAUCGCUUCAGGUACGCGGAGAUAGCCGCUCUGGACGCACAGCUGAUCGAGCUGCCCUUUGCCGUGGCAGAUCUGCGGCUGCUGCUCAUCCUGCCCAACCGAGCGGAUGGACUGCCGGAGCUCGAGCAGCAGCUGGCCAAGUACGAUCUGCAGUAUCUCCGUGGGCAGAUGAGCGAACGCAAGGUGGCCCUCACGCUGCCCAAAUUCCAGGUGCUGGUCCACACACAGCUCUCCAAGGUGCUGAAAGAGUUGGGUCUGACGCGACUCUUCACAGCGGAGGCGCAGCUGAGUGAAGUCUUCAGUUCGCUGCUCGCCAGCUCGGCCCCCCAUCUGGGCGAGAUGUCGCAGAGCACGCUGCUGGAGCUGCAGGAGGCGGGUGGCAGCGCCGGCGAUUCGUUCUCCUUUGGGGAUCUGUUUCGACGCGCCCUGCCGCUGGUCAUCAAUCAUCCGUUCUUCUAUGCCAUCGGCAAUGACAAGAGCCUGCUGCUGGCCGGCCACAUAGUCGACAUCUAAUGCAUUCAGCGCUGGGAAGGCCACACGGAGGUUAUCGGCUUAUCAGUGCCCCGACUCAGGCUCGAAUCAGUUUUUAGUUCGUAGCAAAUAAACAGAGACCAAA